UGGAGUUUUUCAGUGUUCUUCGACGGGUGUGUGAAAUUUUUGUUGCGCAUUAGGAAAAUUUAGUUAUUAGCCCAAAGUAACCAAACGAAAAUCGAAGCAAAAUGUCUGGCAAAGAUAGAUUACCAAUUUUCCCGUCGCGUGGUGCCCAGAUGUUGAUGAAGGCACGUUUGGCGGGCGCUCAAAAAGGCCACGGCCUGCUCAAGAAGAAGGCUGAUGCAUUGCAAAUGCGUUUCCGUAUGAUUUUGGGUAAAAUCAUUGAGACAAAAACUCUGAUGGGCGAUGUUAUGAAAGAGGCCGCCUUCUCGCUGGCCGAGGCCAAGUUCACCUCCGGUGAUAUCAAUCAGGUGGUGCUGCAAAAUGUAACUAAGGCACAAAUUAAGAUUCGCACUAAGAAGGAUAACGUUGCUGGUGUCACUUUGCCAGUAUUCGAGUCUUAUCAAGACGGCGCAGAUACUUACGAAUUGGCUGGUUUGGCCCGUGGUGGUCAACAGUUGGCCAAAUUGAAGAAGAACUACCAGAGCGCUGUCAAGCUGCUGGUGGAGUUGGCCUCGCUGCAGACCUCAUUCGUCACGCUGGACGAGGUCAUCAAAAUCACCAAUCGUCGUGUGAAUGCCAUUGAACAUGUCAUUAUUCCACGCAUCGAUCGUACACUGGCUUACAUUAUUUCCGAGCUGGAUGAGCUGGAGCGUGAGGAGUUCUAUCGCUUGAAAAAAAUUCAGGAUAAGAAGCGCGAGGCUCGCCAAAAGGCAGAUGCCAAAAAGGCAGAGCUACUGCAGCAGGGCAUUGAUGUGCGCCAGCAAGCCAACAUACUCGAUGAGGGCGAUGAUGAUGUGCUCUUCUAAGUAUUAAACUCCCCCCGUAUGCGUGUGUGUAUUCCAGCAAUAUAUUAUUGUUACUUCUUGUUCAGUUUCCAUUUUAAUCCACAAAGAAUAACGAAAACGUUAAUGUAUAUUAGCUACGUGCAAAGUUUGUAAGCUUAAAGUACGAGUAACUAGUUUAAUUCCAAUAAGAAAAAAUGUAUGUAUUCCAUUUUGUAGUCAUUUAGUGGCAAAAAUCAUGCAUUAAAGUCUUUUGUUGUUCCAUAAA